UCGUCGGCGGUAUCAGUCAGUCGAACGCCUUCAUUAACACACAACGCAGUGAAAGGCUUUAAUAUAUAAAAAAUAUUUAUAAUUCAAUUCUUCUGUUUGCCUUUUGGUUUGUUUGUUUUACACAGCUGUUUUAAUUGUUUCUUUUUAAGAACGAAUUUAAUUCGUCGUAUUUUAAUAAAUUAAUUGAAUUAAUAACGCUACAAGUCAGGGGCCGAUAAGAAGACGCAAGUAACCAGUCCUCCAGCAGCGCAUUGAUCUCAUUAUUGUAAAAGCUUCAAACAAAAACUGACAAACAAAAUGAUUGUGAAAGUUCCUUCAAAUGAUUGGUCUGACCAAUUUGAAUAUGUAGUGGAGGAGGAUGAUUCCCUAUCAGAUUUGGAAGAUGAACAGGAUUUCUCCGAGUACUUGUGGAUGGAGAAUGAAGAAGAGUUCGAUAAGAAUGAAUUGAAACGUCUCGAAGAAGAGGACAUUAUGAAAGAGUGCAUUGAGGCAAUGCUUGAGGACGAGCUCGAAGCUGAAUUGGCUGAGUGGCAGAAAGCAAAGACGGAAGAAUUAAAUGCAGCAUUAUCCUCGCUCGCUGUGAGCGAAUGCAAUGUGGAGCAUUCCAUUCUAAAUCCUCUGGCCGCUGAAUUCGUUCCGCAAAAGCAUAUAAUUGAUCUGGGUACUUCGUAAGCCUAACAUUAUUUAUUUCACACACCACAAACUGGAAUCUAAUGCAACAUACGACGUUUAAAUAAAAUCAUCAAAACGCAACGCAUCAACAAUACUAUCGGAAAUUGUAGGUAAUGGCCCUAAACAAAAAAAAAAUCUAACCAACACAAAAACAAACAAACAAAAAUAAACAGAAAAUUUAAUAUUCUUAUUAAAGUAUAUUUAAAGAAAACCAAACAAAAAAUCACCAACCCGUCAGCGUACAUGUGCAACGCGAGUAAUAUUUACUCGCUUUUGUUUUAUUUCAGUUGGCCAUUAACACCAAGAGGCGCAUAAAAUUCAAGGAAAAGGAAUCACAAAUAAGCAUACAAAAAAACUAAAAGCCAAACAAAAAGCAAAAAAAUAAUUUUGAAUUACAAUAAUUUACUCAAGCUCAACUUUUUGUUGCCAUGCGCUAUUUCUAAAAAAUUUUACAGCUAAUAUUUUAGCAAGUUGUUUGUUGCAAGUCCAACGUACAAAUCGCUUUUAAUUUAUUGUGGGUAUUUAUACACAUUUAUAUUCAUAUAUUUUUCAUAAUUACCUCAACCCACGCAUAACUUUCGAAUCGUCCUAUAUUAUUAUCGAGACGAUCUACAUGAUUCAGGAAGACUCUUGCCUCAGACUGCAACAGCAGUGCAAACGAGAAUGAGAGCAUUUCGGCCAUUUUUUGUUUGUUGUAAAAACAUUUAUCUAGUUUUAAAUAAGUGAUAAAAUGAUAAAUUGUUAGUCCAGAGUUGAUAUUAGGAAGAUUUGAAAAAUUAAAAAUGUGAUUGUUCACUACUGUAGCUUUCCGUAAUAGCUGUCAUGUAUGGUAUGUUUUUUUUCAUUGUUAUUUUUAAUUCACAUUCGUUGCAAAUUCAAUUCACAUUUAAAUUUAUAUGUAUUGCGAUCUGCAGAUAAAUCACUGUGCAUCUAAAAAAAUAUUUAACAUUGUCCUGUCUAUAUUAAUAUGCUUGAACGCUCCAAAUUCCAUGUAAAGUACACAGACAUACCCCAUUACAACCUUGUUUAGCUUUAAUGGAAAAUUGUAAAGUUAUUUGUAAUUUAAAAUUUAACAAAAAAAAUUAAUAAAGUCAAAUGUAAUGUCAGAAAUUACAAAAAUACAUACGUAAUAGGCGUCUUAAUAUGCUUAUCUAAAGGAGUAAAUAUUAACGAAUGCAAUAAGCUAAUUCCAUAAAUAUCUGUAUAAAUUUUCACACAUACAUUACAUACGUAAAAAUAAAAUACCGAAUUACAAUAGCGUAGAGUGCAACCAUCUUAUUUACUAAAUGUAAUACCUAAAUAAAGAAUCAUAAGGAAGAAACCAAUAAAUAAAAUGGUGUACACUCGAUUUAAUGAUAUUUAACUUUGCCAACUCUUUAUAUUUAAACAUAUAAGACGCUCCAACUCUAUAUACAUAUGUAUGUAUUUAUACAUCAGCCUCGUAAUAUUGAACUGCUUCGAGCAAAAUUAUCUUAAAGACUAAUGCUAUUUAUAGUGUUAUAGUAGUUUAUGAAAAAACCCUAAAAUAUAAAAAAAUAAAUAAAAUAUAUAAAAACGUU